AUGCGUCUUGGUUUUCCUCCACUCUAGUGACGUCACGUCGGUUAGGUGGCCGCUCGCUGCCUGAAGAACCGCUCGUGCCCUUCACCGACCCGCUGAGCUUCGACAGCUGGUGAGUCAGCUGGUGAGCGAGGGACAUCCACCAGUCCAGGCUGGGUCGGUUCUAAGUCUUCCCUCGGUUAGCGGAGUGAGGAUCAUCACAUAGGGAGGACGGGUCAUCACAUCGGGACGACGGGUCAUCACAUCGGGAGGACGGACCAUCACAUCCCUCCUGGCUGCGGGUCGCCAUGGAGUGCCGCGUGCUGUCCAUCCAGAGCCACGUCGUACGGGGCUACGUGGGCAACAAGAGCGCCUCGUUCCCCUUACAGGUGUUGGGGUUUGAGGUGGACUCGAUCAACUCUGUUCAGUUCUCCAACCACACAGGUUAUUCCCAUUGGAAGGGUCAGGUGUUGACAGCAGAUGAGCUGCAUGUCCUCUACGAAGGCAUCAAACUCAACAACGUGCACCACUAUGACUACGUUCUAACAGGGUACUCCAGGGACACGUCCUUCCUGGAGAUGGUGGUGGACAUCAUCCAGGAGCUGAAGAGGGCCAACCCCAGUCUGGUUUAUGUGUGUGACCCUGUGCUUGGCGAUCAUGGUUCCAUGUAUGUGCCUGAAAACCUCCAUCCUGUCUAUAAGAACAAGGUGGUCCCGGUUGCUGACAUCAUCACUCCCAAUCAGUUUGAAGCAGAGUUAUUGACUGGGAAAAACAUCAGCACAGAGAAAGAGGCUGUGGAGGUGAUGGAUCUGCUCCAUGCGAUGGGUCCAGACACAGUUGUCAUCACCUCGUCUGACCUGCCCUCCAGACUGGGAGACCAGUUCCUGGUUUCUCUUGGAAGCCAACGCACUGUUCACCCAGACGGGAGCAGAUCCACACAGAGGGUGCGGAUGGACGUGCCCAAGGUGGAUGCUGUGUUUGUGGGCACUGGAGAUCUCUUCGCUGCUAUGCUGCUAGCAUGGACACACCACUAUCCCAAUGAUCUGAAGACAGCCUGUGAGAAGACCUUCUCAGUUAUGCACCAUGUCAUCCAGAGGACCAUAUCUUACGCACACGAGCUGGCCGGCCCUGGGAGGCGGCCCAGCCCGCCCCAGCUGGAGCUGCGGAUGGUCCAGAGCAAGGCUGACAUAGAGGACCCAGCUAUCGUCAUGAGGGCCACCGUCAUAUCCUAACAUCGACACCCUCAGACUCAUGCUCCACCUUAUAGCCCUGAAGAGAACACCUGAUGUUCCUCAUCAGUGAUCGCUCUCUGUACCCCCGAUAGUAGAACACCUUCAGUCCGUUGUCACCCUUACAAAACCUUUCCUUCUGUGGUACCCUAAACCCCCCUAUUUCCUUAGAUAGCCCCCCACACACACACACACACACACACACCAGCUCCCCUCCGAGCACCCUUAUGUGACACUUAAUCCUUAAGCAGUGCCGUAGAUUCAAUGUUAGCUGAAGAGGUUGUAGUGAAGUAAACCCAUCGUAGCUGUGCCACCAUUCUUGUGUGAAAAUUGCAACAAGUUGACUGCAAUGUCUUUUGCAGUCUUUUUACACAUUCCAAGACAUUGGUGAUGCUACCAGUGGCCAGGACUGAGGUUCAGGAGCGGAGGCGCUAGUUCAGUCGCUAACUGAAGACUAAAACGGUCCUAAUGGUGUCUAUCCUUUGUGUUGACCAAUACCUCCCCACCCGUUUUAAACCCCUGAAGAAGAAAUUAUGACCAAUUUCCACACUCCUCAUCCUAACCACAACAAAAAAAAGGAGAAAAAUACAUGCACAAUGUAUAGUUGAUGUAUAGAUGUUGUACUAUAACUGUAUUGGACCAUUUCUGUAUCUUCAAUGAGAUCUGUCUGUUGGACCAUUGAUGCUAGUGUACUAUAGACCACACAUACACAAUAACACCCAGACAGGUGGGGACCGAUCUGCCAUUCUGAUGUACUGAGGCUCGGGUGUUCCACUAGUCACUAGUUAAUACGGUUUUGUGGUUUCAUAGUUGUGAAAAAUGCUAGUUCUGAGCAUAGUCCUCUCACAGCACAUCUUAAGGAAGACCCCAUUGAGCAAAAAAAAGUUACCUGAGCCCUCAUUGGUCAAUUUAUCUUGAAUAAGCCAAUCAAAACUCUGCUUUGUCUGUGUCAUGACCCGCCCCAUGUGCAGUGCUGUCUUGAGAUCAGAUCGGCCCAGAAGGGGUAAUUCAAGUACUUGCGGGUCUCUAUUAUGGUGUAUCUAUGAUUGUGCGUCGAUGGUUAUGUGCCACCAAAAGGUUUUCUCUUCACAAAAAGCUCCUGAUUAAUUUCACGGCCUGCAGAAAUGAACCGGAAGACAUACCAGGCUAGUCAGUGGGCCUCCUUACGACGCAGAAGCAUAAUAAUCCCCCUUUCAGACCCUGUAGGAAGAAGUGGUGUUCUAUGAAGUCAAACAUUUAUUCACGCAUGCACUCUGGGCCCUCUUCAUAAAGGGCUCCAUUGACAGUCAUUUGGUGCAGAUUUGCUUUGAAGAGGUAUGUCCGAGGUUCAGAACAACCGCUAAGCGAGCUAGUAAUCUGUCAAUACUUGUGGCUUUUCCAAUCUGUAUGUACAUUUAAAUCAUUGGAACCAGGAUAUGUCACCUAUUCACAAAUGUCUCAAAGUAAAGCCAAUUCUCAUUAUUCUUGAUCCAUGAGCAAAAAACAACAACAAUAUCAGUUGAUUUUCUAACAUUGCUUCAUUUAGAAUAAUUCCCAGUGGAGGGUGACAGAGAAGAGCGAGAUGGGGAGUUAUAGGACGGUGGGAAGUUUGAUACCCAUGAUGUCGUGAGACACAGCCUGUGCCUUAUCCAACAUGCUACCAGGGCAACCUGGUAAUUUAAAUUUGACUGAUUUGACUCUUGGCAUGGUAACCGUCAGAUAGAACUCCCCUGCAUCCCUUCCUUACUGACUGGUUUAUGUGUUGACUAAAUGCCUUCGGAUCAUCAGUUACCUGUUUCAGUUGUUUGUUUUUGUGUGCCAAAAUGCACAUUUGAGAUGUAAGCCUUUGGCUGUCUUAAGUUCUUAUUCUCGUUCCUUCCUUCCUAAAAGAAAAUAUAAAGAAAACCAGCCUGUAGGGUUAAGACUCAUGAGACUCAACUAAAUUUUCAGGCUUCAGACAAACUAAAUCUGCCUUCCCUUGAUGCUCUGUUCAGUGGCAGGCAAUGGGUGUGCCAGUGAUAAGACCCCUCUGUACUUAUGUUGGUCCUCCAUCCACUGUACUGGGAUCAAGGACUCCUGCAGCCCAAUACACCAGUCACCCAUCAGAGUGGAGGAAAAUGGAGCGGAGAAUAGACUAAGAGGAGGAGAGUAAGCAUAGCUUCACUUCAGAUUUGACUACAAAUCACCAAGUCGUUACUCAGAAAAGAGAAAAUGUUCUAUCUGAAUUGCUGUUGAACAAAUCGGGAUUUGAAUAACCUCAAAGUCCUUUUCUGUGUGUCAGGGUAGGCUCAAGCUGUACCCAAGUGAUACUAAAUCACCCUUGUCUAAUGGAAAAUAAAUUAAAGGCUCUCUAAAAUAGCAGGAGGCAGUGUGUGUGACUCUGAUAAUCAUAUCAUAUUAUGCCCCGCCAGCAGUGACUGCCACAUUAAAAACAGUCAGCAGUGUUUGUUUGUCCAGCCAAUGAAAGACACGUGCGUGGUCCAAUCACCAACCAGCUCUCAUGAUGACCGCUAGAUUGGGUCCAAAACAUGUCAAACUUUGUAAUUAAAGAGGGUCUUUUUGGGGCAGGUGUGAAUGUUAUUUUUUUAUUCUGUUAGUGUGUAUUUAUAUGUGCCUGUCCGAGGUGUGUGUGUGUGUAUGUGUGUGUGUGUGUGUGUGUGUGUGUGUGUGUGUGUGUGUGUGUGUGUGUGUGUGUGUGUGUGUGUGUGUGUAUCUGAAUACCUAACUAAUUAUGCUCACAGGGUUUGUUAAAUGUGUACAUUUUUAUGUACGUAUGUGUGGUUGUGUAUGCGUUUGCUUGUUCAUGGGACAGAUAGAGCUGAGAAAUUGCUGGAUACAUGGAUAAAGUGGGAGAGGAGAGAGGAGAAGGGAUAUAAUGAGGGAGGGGAUGUUAAAGUGAGUGAUGAGGAGCGUCCAGAGGACAAUCAUUCUGUGCUACAGAUUGUUGUGUAGCAUUUUGUGCAGCUUGUUAAAAUUGACACAAUAUACAGUACGUGUAUACCUUUUCAUGGUUACAACCAUAGGUUUGGAAUACAGAAACUAUUCAGUUUAAAUCUGAUCUUGUAAUCUGAAGUAUUCGUCACGUUUUGGCUGAAACUCAUCAUCCCUCUUUAUUCUCUCCAUCUUCCGCUGUUUUAGCUCCCCACACUGUAACUGACCUUAAGAAUAUGUUGGGCCUCAUUUUACUAUGUAUUUAAUAUAAUGUCCUUAAUCAAUUCCCAUAUUGCCAGGGUAAAAUGUUGACUAAAAGUAUGGCGUUAAGGCGAAACACAUUGCAUGUCCUAGCUAUUGUUUAACAUAACGAGAAUCAAGGUGGUAAUGAUAUCUUACAAACAAUGAAUUUAAUAAAUACCAGUCUCUUGGUAAACAGCUAGAGGCUGCAUCUCAGCUAUAUCUCCUUCAGCAAUAGGUGUUGAUGAAGGAAAUAGAGAACAGCAAAGACAUUGCAAUCAUGAAAAUCCAAUGAGAUGUCUAUUCAAUUAGCAAUAAAUUCACAUAUCAUACAUGGGCCAGGUAUAGCUACUUCUGUCUCGCUGUGUCUCCUCCUCUUCUUUGUUUUGAUCAUUUCUCCUCGUCUCCUCUGGUGUGAACGCAUCUUGCCAUCCUGUUCCUGUUCUUGGUGGCAAAAUAACUGUGAAAAAAUUUAAAACUGAAAAAAAAACUAAAUUCAAUGAAGAGAAGUAAUAAUCAAUGUUUGGUAGCUGUUUUUAGUGCUUUGUUUUUGGAGCGUUACGAGUAUUUUCUAACAUGUUACAAUAAAAGAUUGUAGUGUACAAAUUUACAUUUAUAAAUUAUAUUAUGUAUAGAUAUAUAUGAAAAAUGUAUGUUCUGAUGCAAUAAAGAGACUAAGAGUAAAGAAA